GGUCCAUUUCUGCUUUGACUUGUACUCGGUCUUUCUCAUAUCCAUUGCUCUUCCUCCUCCUCCUCCUCUUUUUCUCUGCAAAUGGAACCAAACAAAGCUCAAGGAAAGAGGAGCCUGGAGUUCAAGAUCGAGGAGGAGGAAGCGGAAGAAGAAGAGGCCGACGAGGAUGGAGAUCAUACGAGUAGGGGGCCUUCGGUACUACUGCAUGGAGAAGAUGACAGGAGAAAAAGAGUGAUGGUGAUGAAUGGUACUAGCGAUACUAGUCCGAGCAAGAAAGGAUCCGGUGCAGGGGGGUCUACGACUACAAGGCCGAGUUGCCAAGCGCAGAGUUGCAAUGCGGACCUGAGUGAUGUAAAGCUAUACUACCGUCGCCACAAGGUCUGUGAUUUUCAUUCCAAGGCUCCGGCGGUGGUCGUCGGUGGCCUCCAACAGCGCUUUUGCCAGCAAUGUAGCAGGUUCCAUAACCUGUCAGAGUUCGAUGAAAAUAAAAGGAGUUGUCGCAGACGUUUAGCUGGGCACAACGAACGGCGCCGAAAAAGCUCCUCCGAGUAUCCCAACUGAAUAGACAAGAUGAAUUGAUCGAAUUGAAUUAUUGGAGGCAUAAUAAUUUUUCAAGAGAGAGAAAUCAAAUAUCAAUCUUCUCAUUAUCGCAUAUAAAUGCCUCUCCUCCAACUCUCCAAACAGAUCAUAUAAUUAUGUAUAUAUAGCUGUCUAUCUGAACAUCAUGCCCAGUUGCUCUCUCUCUUCUGUCAGCCCUAGACCUUAAUUAUUGCAAAACUGAGAUACAGCAAUUGCCCAGCUAUCGUGCAUGUACUUUCUUAUUGGUUGCUGUCAUCGAAAUGACUUGACUGUUCUCGCGAUCGUUC